AUGGAUGCCACUGCCGAAAGUCAGGCAAUCUUCCGGCACUUGUGCUGGUAUCUAUCUGAGCAACCGCCUCCUCAGGGCAGACUGGAGGUGGAGUUUGGUGCCUGUCAAAGCCCUCAAUCACUGUUUGGAGCUGAUGCCAAUCUUGGGCACAGAGGCACCAGUGCCCCUGGCCCACCAGCGACUCCAACAGCUCCUCCAGCUCCAGCUGUCCCGACAGCUCGCCCAGAAGCUAAUCGAUCGUCCCCCAAUGGUUUAGUGGAUGGUUGUGAUCCAGUCGUCUCUCCAGUGACUCAGCCAGCACCUGCUACUGCUUCUGCUACUGAUACCACCACCGCUCCAAAUCCAAAAGCUUCAGGGGUAGACAUCAACACACUUAUUGAGUACUUGGAUGAGGAAGUCAACGAUAAAUGCCUGAAAGCAAGGGUGCAGGCAGUGCAGGCGGUGCAGGGUCAGAAGUUGGGCCCGGAUGCCAAAGCUACAGGGCUGUUCAGACCCGACUCAGAAGGGCAAGAGGCAGUGGAUGCAUAUGUUUCCGAGAUUGUUGCAGCCUUGCGGGACUUCCCCUAUCUUCGAUUGCCUGAGGGAAGAGAAGCUGGUUCUUGGAUCCGGGAUGAAAUUGUCGCACCAGUAUUUCAGGAGCGCUGGGACUUCUACAACAACAAGAAGUUGCAAGGUUUCAAUUUGGACCAGCUUUAUAUGCUGCUGUCAGGGAAGAAUAUGCUUUUGGACAGGCUGCGGCAUGUAGUGGAUGGCAAGGAUCGUUGCAGAGCCAUGACCUUGGGAAGCCGUGAAGCUGUAGUGGUAGGUGAUGAAGUGGAGUUAGAGUCCAUCGAUGUGGGCGAUGGACCGGGGUUGCGACAGGGCUUCCUGAAGUUCAACUUUGAGUCUGCCCCUCCUUCGAAAGAAGAUCGAGAGGCACUCUUCGGGAUACUGGCAGAUGGUUUUCAUGUGCUAGUUGCAGGCCUCUACCUGUCUGCCUCGUAUGGAGGAAAGGAGUUCUGCCGGGUUGGCUACUAUGUGCGAUACGAGUAUGACGAUCCUGAGCUCCAGGAGAACCCCCCAGAGAUGGUUGAUUGGAAUCGUGUCCAUCGAGUGCUGAGCGCACCUCGCGUGACCAAAUUUGUGAUUCCUUGGGACGCCAUGGAGGAGUUGGAGAAUGCUGAUGCAAAACAAUACAUAGAUCCUUUUGUGAGGACUUGUUGGACUUGA